AAAAAAAAAAAGGCAAUAAUGUCACCUCAUUGAGUCAUAUUUACACUUAAAUUAAACCCUUUAUCAAGAUGUUAUCAUUCAGUUCUCAGCGAGAUGCUAUUAAUACGCAAUUCAAUCUUAUAACAGGAAAUUAGUAAAGAUUUGAAGAUAUAAGCCAAUGGUGAUGAUAUAAAUCGUCAAAACAGAAGACGGAUAUCCGUAAUGUACAAAGAAAGAUUAAAAAAGUAGUUUAAAAAAUAGUUGGAACACAAACUAGGCUUUUUAGAAACAAAAAAAAUGCAUUUAAUCCGUGAAAAUAAAAAUUGUAAUGUACGGGGUCCCUAAAGGGACAUCUUUCAAAAUUAAAAAAAAAAAGAAAAAUACCAGUGUGCACCAGUUACUAUUUUUUUUUUAAACUUUGAUCAGAGGUGAUAAACUCAUAUUAGUUCAGGGGCUACAUUCAACCCGUCUGAUCUUAAGUGGGCCGGACCAGUAUCAUGAUAGCAAAUUAACCCAUCGGUCAACCUAUUAUCUGUAACCCCGAGCCCCCCCUCAGUUGGAAAAAAAGGUCUCAACUAACCUAGUGGCCUAAUCACUUAUUGUUAUUAAUUGUUUUUCAUGUUUAUUUCCUCAUCUCUUUUUUUUGCCGGUUUAGUGUUUCCUUUGUUCCCCCUAGUGGCAGAAUUGGGUAUUGCGGCCAUUUCAGUAACCCUUCUGCUCUACAUUAAAAGUGGGGUCAUCUGGACCCUACAAGACAGUGCGCUGAACUUUUUUUUAUCAUUGAUUUUUGAGUUUCAGUAAUGUCCAUGGCAGACAUAAAAUCCUGCCCACCUUUGUCCACCUUUGUCAUGAAAGGAAUCACACAUCAAUUUGUGGUUGGAGUCAUCUGGACACCAAAGAGAGCGGAAAGAACCUUAACUCGACAAAAGAAUGUGCUAGAAACUUACUUUUUUCCAUGACAUCCUUAUUUUUUUCUAUCAAUGGAGGGCCAAACCUGGCCCGCGGCCCACAUGAGUAAUACCUCUGUCUGUUAUCUUUUCUGUAAAAAUAAAUAAAUAAAUAAUAAUAAUUGAAUGCAUUUUUUUCUGUCAAAAUAACUUCUGUGCUCCAACAUUUAUGAAACAUGAAACACUACCAUGGAUUGUAGUUUUUUUUUUUUUUAACCACGAACUCUUUUUCUAAUCUGUUUUGGAUGGAAUAUCAUCAAAUGUAAAGUUAUUUAUCAAAGGAUUUUGACUAAAAUUAAAAAUAUAAAAUAAAAUAUCAGCGGAACAGGGAUAGAAGGAUUAUUUAACAGAUGAGGUCUGACUGCACGGCUCCUCCGGUCAGCGCCGUGACUGCCGUCGCUUCACUGAUCCCAUUAUGACCGCAGCAUUCCCGGUUAGUCCCCGAUAAUGUGGCUCGUUUACGGCAUUCCUGACAGGAAGAAGGGGAAGCCGCUCCGCGUCAGAGCCUCCUGCCUCUUAUUUCCCUCCCGUUAGUACGUUUACAGCAACUCCCGGGCGGGUUGCCGUCCCUGUGUGGGCUUUUUUUUCUGGGAAUAUGGCUGUGCUGAAGAUCCAAGAGCAGCCAUCACUGUUAAAGGCAAUCUUCAGUGUGGACCCAGAUGAAGUGCGCUCCCUCAUAUUCAAAAAAGAAGAUGUGAACAUCCAGGACAGUGAGAAGCGGACGCCGCUGCAUGCUGCAGCCUACCUGGGAGAUGCUGAGAUUAUUGAACUCCUCAUCCUUUCAGGAGCAAGAGUUAACGCCAAAGAUAACAAGUGGUUGACUCCUCUUCACCGAGCUGUGGCUUCUUGUUGUGAGGAUGCCGUGGCAGUGCUGCUGAAGCACAGCGCGGACGUAAACGCUCGUGACAAAAACUGGCAGACGCCGCUGCACGUGGCAGCGAGCAACAAAGCAGUUCGCUGUGCCGAAGCGUUGGUGCCACAGCUCAGCAAUGUGAACGUAUCUGACCGGGCAGGACGCACCGCCCUGCACCACGCUGCCUUCAGUGGACACGCAGAGAUGGUAAGGUUGCUGCUGUCAAGAGGAUCCAAUAUUAACGCAUUUGACAAGAAGGACAGAAGAGCCAUCCACUGGGCAGCCUAUAUGGGUCAUCUAGAGGUCGUGAAGCUUCUGGUAGAAAGUGGAGCUGAGGUCGACUGUAAGGACAAGAAGGGCUACUCUCCUCUCCAUGCUGCUGCCUCCAGCGGCAUGAGUAGCACAGUGCACUACCUGCUCAGCCUGGGCGUCCAUGUGAAUGAGGCAAACAGCUAUGGUAAUACACCGCUCCACCUGGCCUGCUACAAUGGUCAGGAUGUUGUAGUUGGUGAGCUCAUUCAGGCAGGAGCCAAUGUCAACCAGGUGAAUGAAAGGGGAUUCUCUGCCCUUCACUUUGCCUCUUCCUCAAGGCAAGGAGCUCUGUGCCAGGAGCUGCUGCUGGCCCACGGAGCACGCAUCAACUUACGGAGCAAAGAUGGGAAGACCCCCCUCCACAUGGCAGCUACUCAUGGAAGAUUCUCCUGCUCCCAGGCUCUCAUUCAAAAUGGAGCCGAGGUUGACUGUGAAGACAAGAGCAGAAACACUGCGCUCCAUAUUGCUGCCCGCUAUGGCCACGAACUCAUCAUCACGGCUCUCCUCAAACAUGGAGCAAACACUGCCAGGAGGGGUAUUCAUGGGAUGCUUCCUUUACAUCUGGCUGCUCUCAGCGGCUUCUCGGAUUGCUGCAGGAAGCUGCUGUCCUCAGGGUUUGUGAUAGACACCCCCGAUGAAUUUGGGAGGACCUGUUUACAUGCUGCUGCCGCUGGAGGAAACCUGGAGUGUCUGAACUUGCUGUUGAAUGUAGGAGCGGAUUUUAACAGAAAAGAUCAUUUUGGAAGGGCUCCACUACACUAUGCAUCAGCCAACUGCAACUACCAGUCUGUGUUUGCCCUGGUGGGUUCUGGGGCGAGUGUUAAUGACCCGGACCAAAGGGGCUGCACCCCCUUACACUAUGCUUCUGCUUCUGACACCGAUGGAAAAUGUGUGGAGUAUCUGUUGAGAAAUGAUGCUGAUCCAAGAGUGAGAGACAAGCAGGGAUACACUGCUGUGCACUACGGUGCAGCCUAUGGACGCACACUCUGCCUGGAGCUGAUUGCCAGUGAAACACCUUUUGAUGUGUUAAUGGAAACGUCGGGAACAGAAAUCCUGAGGGACUCGGUGAGCCAGCUCCCACUGAGCCCACUCCAUCUGGCAGCUUUCCAUGGACACUGUGGAGCUCUGGAGGUCCUCUUGUCAUCUCUGUUGGAUGUGGACGUUCGCAGCCCAGAGGGCUGGACCCCCCUCAGCCUGUCGUGCUCCAGAGGUCAUCAUGAAUGUGUGUCCUUGCUGCUUCAUCAUGGCGCUUCACCCAUGAUCCACGACUACAUACACAAAAAGACAGCCUUACAUACUGCAGCUAUGAAUGGCCACGCAGAGUGCCUGCGACUGCUCUUGAGCAGCGAGAACCAGCACAUUAACGUGGACCCACAGGACUCCAGUGGACAGACUCCUCUGAUGUUAGCCGUGCUGAGCGGACACAUCGAGUGCGUGUACGCUCUGCUCAGUCAUGGAGCCAGCGUGGAGUCUCAGGACUGCUGGGGGAGGACAGCACUGCACCGCGGGGCGGUGACGGGCCAGGAGGAGUGUGUGGAGGCUCUGCUCCAGCAUCAGGCUGGAGUCUGUGUGAAGGACAUCCGCGGCCGGACGCCUCUGCAUUUAGCGUCGGCGUGUGGUCAUGUGGGCGUCCUGGGCGCCCUGCUGCAGACCGCCGGCUCUUCUCUCACUCACGCGCUCCUCACAGACAACCAGGGCUACACCCCCCUGCACUGGGCCUGUUACAACGGUUAUGAUGCCUGUGUGGAGUUGUUGUUAGAACAAGAGACGGUCAAGAACAUUAAAGGAAACUCCUUCAGCGCGCUGCACUGUGCUGUCAUGAGUGAUAAUGAGGGAGUGGCAGAGAUGUUAAUUGACUCUCUAGGAUCAAGUAUUGUCAAUGCCACAGAUGCUAAAGGAAGGAUCCCCCUUCAUGCGGCAGCCUUUUCUGACCAUGUGGAGUGUGUGUCCCUCCUCCUGAGCCAGGGAGCUCAGGUGAAUGUUGGAGACACACAGAUGCACAGGACUCCUCUGAUGAUGGCCGCUCUGAACGGACAGACCAACACUGUGGAGGUGCUGGUCAGCAGCGGUAAAGCAGAUUUGUCUCUGCAGGACACUGAGAGGAACACUGCACUGCAUCUAGCUUGUAGCAAGGGUCAUGAAACGAGUGCCUUGUUGAUCCUGGAGAAAAUCAGCGACAGGAACCUGGUCAACUGCACGAAUGCUGCUCUUCAAACGCCGCUGCACAUAGCAGCCAGGAGGGGGCUGACAGUUGUGGUCCAGGAGCUGCUGGGGAAAGGCGCCAGCGUUUUAGCAGUGGAUGAGAACGGUUACACUCCAGCUUUGGCCUGCGCUCCUAACCGCGACGUAGCGGACUGCCUCGCUCUUAUUCUCAACUCAAUGAUGCCCACCACUCCCAUGGUCACCAUAGCAGCCAUCCCCUCUCUGUCGCCCCCUCAGCCGGUGAUCAACCACCACCCGACCUCCAAGCACAAAGGUGUGGCCUUCGACACGCCGACCCCGUUGCGGGCUGACCACGCCUCUCACUGCAGGCCGGAGCGACUCAUGCGCUCCGUCUCCACAGACGACGAACUGAACGACUCGGACUCGGAGACGUAUUGAGGACUUGACGCUGGCACAGUAGCCAGGGACUCAGGAGACUAGAAAAUAUAAUAAACGAGACUAAAGACAGAGGAUCAAAACAGAUUAUUUUAGCUAAACUAAAAAAAAAAUCUUUUAUUUAAAGCAGAUACUUGUUUCCUUAAGGUGCAGUCCCGAUAAUACAAGCUAACAUGAACAUGACCAGUGUCUUUAACACUUUUAGCAGUAUUUUCCUCAACUAAGCUCCAUCUUGAUGCAGUAUUUUAAAUGGUUAUAAGCCCUCAAAGGGGUAUUUUCAACACAAAAAGAAAAACCUUUUGUCCAGUAGAAUUGUGUAAAAAAAGGCACAUUUAUGGGACCAGCUCAAGUUUUCUUUUUCUUACUUUUUUAUAACCACAAAGCUCCUUUUUGAGCUGUUGUGACUGACAGAGGACCAUCACUGAUAAACAUUAACAAAGAAACACCUUCAGAUUUGUUGGAGAAAACCUCACUUUUGAAACCUUUCUAGAGGAGAUUUGGUUUUUAAGUGGAUUCUGACAGAAUAUGGAUGUAAAAUCUGUUUAUUACGCAGAUUAUUCAUGUCUUUCCAUAAUUUAACAGCAAGUUAGACUUGAUUUUCCCCCCCCAAAAAAGCAAUAAAGCUUAAAUGGAUACUCUGUUACUAAAUCCUUUAUUUAACAAACACAAGUACCAAUUGUUUGCAGUGUUGUCAUUGAUCAUUUAUACAUUUUUUAUUGUGUUACAUCACUUUUAUUUAAGCUUUUUUAGUGUUUAACGUUAAAAUUAAUUAACAUUCAUGUUUAAAAACGAUCCUGCUCCACCCAGGAAUCCAGCAGAGAGACUUAAAAAGUCCUCUCAAAACAUUCUCACAAUCCUAAAAUCUGCCUAAUUAUUCACGCUCUGCUGGACAUUAUUAAUAAAGACAGAUCUGGACUCAUCAAGCUCAGACAUCAUGUCUAUGAAGACAGUGGAGUGAGUUCAUCAUGCAGAAAAAGCAGCUUUGAGCUUCCAGAUCAAUACUGAUCAAACUGAGUGGUCGAAACCUCAACAGUUACAGCAGCUGCUCAUUUGGGGGCGCUGUUGCCUGAAACAAGAUUUGACCAGGAAGGUAAAUAAGCAUAAAAAAUGAACUAGCCACCAAUGCUGUUUUGAUUUUAUGCACCUCCACAUUACUCCACCUUCACCAGGACUUUGUUUGUGUUUAAGAUUCAUGCUGUAAGAUGAUUUACCUCUUUUUCAUAGCACACAGUGUCCAAAUUCCCUCACUACUUAGUGCACCAUAUAGCAAUUUUACAAGCUGUCUGAAUCUACAAUUCAAAACCCUGAAACCUGGAAAUUUCCCAGAAGUCACCGCAAAAAACUAGUGUGCGCCACUAGAUUGGCGAAUACAGACCACAAUGCAUUGGGUUUGGAUGAUUUUUCUUAUUAAACAUUUUAUGGAAUUUAUUUUUUCCAAGGUUUGAACAUCAGGACUCGGUGAAUUAAAAAAAUAGUCUUUGUAGGUUGUUCAAAUUCUUCAAGUUUUUACUUCAUCAAAUGGCUGACAUCAUAUUUGGCCUUUAAAUUUAAAAAUAGUAGCGGGCAUGAGUCCGAAUCACAUUAAAAGUUAGAGUACUGAUAGUCUUUUAGGGGGUUAGGGAGGAGUGAGGGAAUUCAGACAUAGUCGGAUUGUCACCGUGUAUAAGUCUGUCCUUGAACCACACCAAGAUUCAUUUGCACGUGAAUCCAGACUCUUAUUUUUAGGGGAACCAGAGCUGACUUGUUUUGUUUACCCUAUUGACUGUAUAUGAGAACUGGACUGAAUGACUCCUCCCCCUUCUCAUUCCAAAAAGGAAGUACCCACUGGUUCCAAGAAGCCAAAAUCCCGCAGACUACUAUUGAGAAACAAACAGCUGACUCACACAUGUCAGUAUUCUUACUCUACUACCUUUUUUAUGACGUUCUUAUUUAUCUGAAUUAUUUUUGUAAUGUUUUGUCUUUAUCACAAGUUAUUCAAAUUAUAAACUGGCCCAUCAAAUGCCUCAGUAAAAGUAUGCAACCUCAUGUUGACACAUUUGAUUGAAAGAGUCUUCCUAUAAGCUCACUCCUGAUUGGUGAGAGCGGUUGCCAUAGAAACGUUGAAUGAGACCGACUUGGGCCAAUCACGUUGUCUGGUUCCAACAUGGUGACCUUUGUAUCGUGAAUAAAUGGUGACUGAAUUGACUUUGUUUGGCUGGAGUAGUAGUAAGCCAUUUUCUAUGGGUGGCAUCACACCCACUCAGUCCAGUUAUCAUAUACUGUCAACAGUUUUCACUCCAGCAGUCUAGACGAUCCAACGUGAAAACCUCGUAAAAUCCCAACUAUUAAUUGCUGAAAUGUAUGUUCAUUUUGUUAAAAUGAUUUUAUGGCCACAAAAAUGGAAACUCUUUCUGUUUAUCUCAGACCAUGUCCACGAAACAUGUAUAGGUACUUGUGCCCACUCCUUUUAUUGGUUCAAACUAAAUAUUUAAGUUUUUCUGUUUUUUUUUCUUUUCAUAUUUUCUGGAACUUCUUGCUGUAUGUCUGUAAUGUGUAGGGAAAGGAAUAUGUGAAUACAUUUUUGUGUAUGUGUGUAAAUAUGUCUGUAUGAACGAUGGGAGAGACGGAAAAAAAAACAAAAAAGGCCUUUUUAGAAAUAUGCAAAUUUCUGACGAGAUGGAUGCUACCCGGUGCAGUAUUUGUAAAAAAGUAAAACAGUAAUAAACAGAUUUGAUUUCUGAUGUUUUA